CGAGAACCAAGUUCAGUCUUCUCUGGAGCCCUGAGCUGUGGUGUGUGGAGCUGGCUGAGCUGUGAAGACUUCUGAAAGCUUCUGCCACCAGCAGCGGAGCACCUAAAUCCUGAACUGAAUUUGAGAAUUACCCACUGAAAAGGAGUGGAAACUUCAUUAACCACAACCAGAGAAACAUGGAUUCAGACACACUGCAGGUCUUCCAGAGUGAACUCACCUGCUCCAUCUGCAUGAACUGCUUCCUGGACCCCGUCACCAUAGACUGUGGGCACAGCUUCUGCCGUCCCUGUCUGAGCCUUUGCUGGGAAGAAGGCCAGACUCCAAGGAGGUGCCCGGAGUGCAGGGGAAUAUCAGAGAGGCCCGAUUUCAAAACCAACAUUGCCCUCAAGAGGCUGGCUUCCCUUGCCAGACAGGCCAGAGCUGACCACGACCACAGCUCUGAGGAGCAGAUCUGUGUGACACACCAGGAAGCCAAAGGCCUCUUCUGUGAGGUUGACCAGACCCUGCUCUGUGGGCCCUGCUCUGAGCACCCUGAGCACGCAGCUCACAGCCACAGUCCAAUACACAGGGCUGCUGAGGAGUCCCGGGAGAAACUCCUGAAGAGAAUGAGCUCUUUAUGGAAAAUGAGAGAAGAAAUCCAAAUCAGUCUGAAUGAGGAAGCUAACACAACUCAGUCCUUUGAGGACUAUGUGGCCUUAAGGAAGGUGAUGAUCAAGCUUGAAUAUCAGAGGAUGCUUCUGUUGCUCCGGGAGGAGGAACAACUGCAUCUGGAGGCCCUGGAGCGAGAAGCCAAAGAGAUUUGUGAAGAACUCAAGGAGAGUGUGUUCAGAAUGUCUCAGUACAGAGAAAGUCUGAAAGAAAUGUACAAAGAGCUGGCUGAGAUGUGCCACAAGCCGGACAUGGAGCUGCUCCAGGGCUUGGAAAAUGUGCUGGAAAUGACUCAUCUGGCACAGAUACAGAAGCCUCAGCCCGUGAACCCAGAGCUCCCUUCCUGGCCUGUCUCUGGAUUUCUACACAUGCUGAACAACUUCAGAGUGGAUAAUGUUCUGAGUCUGACAACGAUCGUUCACCAUGCGAUCCUCGAUGAUGCAAGUGCGCUGUUUGAGGAUGACCACCCUGAUGCGUCCAGACAGCCCCAGGGUGGGUCGUGUGUUGUGUCCUGGGGGGCUUGGGGCUUCACCUCUGGGAGGCAUUACUGGGAGCUGGAUGUGGCCCAGUCUUCCAGCUGGGUUCUGGGGGUCUGUAAAAGCAUCUUCACAAGCGAUACCAGUAUCAGUAUCGGUGCUGAAGAAGCAUUAUUUCUGUGUUCUACAAAGGUGAACAGUCAGUAUAUUCUGUCCACCACCUCCCCACCCUUAGUUCAGUUUGUGAAAAGGCCUCUGGGUAAGAUUGGUGUGUUUUUGGAUUAUGACAAUGGAACUGUGAGCUUCUAUGAUGUUUUCAGAAGUUCCCUCAUAUAUAGUUUCCUUCCUUCUGCCUUCUCCUCCCCUAUGAUACCUUUCCUUUGCCUUAAAUCUCCAUGAAUGGUCCAUUUUUUGGACCAUUAUUGGGGCUUCUUUUCUGAGGAUAUUGCUGCCCUUCACUUCAUGGGAGGCCACAGGAUACCUGACUGUGUCCAGCAGCAAUUGUUAUUUAAUGUAACAUGGUGAUUGUAUGUUUAUAAAAUGGAAUAAACAUGUUGUAUGCAUAAAUCUGUUAAUUAAAUUUUAAUAAACAUUUAUUAUGGAGCAUUUCAUA